AAUAAAAGACAUAGUUGCCAAUGACCCGGCUUGUAUACAUAAUGAUUUAAAUCACGACCCGGUUGCACAGGUUUUUCAUUCAUUCUCUUCACUUUGACAUACUUAGCUUUCUGAACAUUUUUUGUUACUAAUAUACAUGCAUUACUAAUAAUGGUUGAUUAUCAUUUAGGUUUGUGGUCUUGAUAAAAGAGGACGUGUAGGGGGUUGGGUCAUAUUGCAAAAACUACCAUUAUUGCUUCAACCCCUUACAUUAAUGAAAUUAGAGAAGGAAAGGGCGAAAUUGCUGAGGUUAAAGCAUCGAUGAUUGUAUUAAAAGAGCAAAUGGAAAACAAGAUCAACGAGUGCAAGGACAUGAUAUUGACCAUUGGAGAACGUUUGCUUGAAGUUCAGAAUCAAAUAAAUACUCCAGUUCAACCAAUGCAAUGCUCUCCAGGCACUGCUGGUUCUCAGGUGUUUUUUCGAUCUGGCGAUACCUCAAGUCAUCGUGAUGAGUCAGCUCCACCUCCACCUUCACUUCUACGGGUGGAACAAAUCUGUCAUUUGACAGAUAUUUGUAGUCGAGUUGUUGCACGUGGGCGUCUGAUUAGAGAUAAUGCAGGCAUCCCUUCAGAUUUCAUCAAAGUUAUAUUGGAUGUCGUUGAAGUUCCCAGUGCGAAUGUGUUUGGUGACAUUGAGAAGACGUUAGCCGAUUGCAACGUGGGUGUUCUCAUUUGGCCUAGAGUGCUGACGAAAACAUAG